UUUAUCCCCCAUAUUUCCUUAUUUUGAUGACACUUAACGUGAACUUUGAAUCGACCAGAUUCAGGGUUGUUCAUGAGUGGUCUUUGGACUCUGGACUUUGUUUACAGCUACCAGUUAAUUCAAACGUGAUUCAACAUGGCUUCCUCGUUAAAAUUCCGAUUUGUUCCGAGUUUAGCCGAAAGCAGUUCAACGGAUGUCAACAGUGUGAAACCAAUGUAUGUUUUAAUAACAUUAAAUUAGUAAACCAUAGUUUUAUUUUUGGCUGCAAAUUUUGUACAGUUGUAAGUGUUUCAUCUUAAUUUCAUAAUAAUGUGACGUAAUUUCAUUAAAAUACCAACCUAAGCGUUUAAAAUCGUCAUAACCCAUAGAUGGAAGUAAAGCUUCCAGAACUUGAUGCUGAACAAUGAAUAGAACGCAAACCCGUUCUUCAAGGUCGCGGCAAGAUCUCAGUGAAUUGUUGCUGUGGAUACAAGAAACAUGCAAAGCAGCGAUAAUGUUGAUGUGCUCUCAGUAUUAUCGCUACAUUUCGUGGAUCUACAAUCAUGAAGCCCAGUGGAGAGGAAUCAAUGUAAUAGGCUACUGUCAUCAAAGUGAUUUACACUGGACAAAAGAAUAUUCAUGUUUUGACAAAUCAUUUUGGACCCCGAUGAGCUCGCCCCCGUGACCCCUGUUUCCAGUGUGAAGGAUGGUUCCGCAGGGGCUCCGGACGAUGAAGACCGCCGUGGCCCACAGCCGGCUCGAGGUGCUGCAGGUGUACAAGCUUCUGCAGUGUGUGCGCGAGGGCGACACCACGCAGAUCGAAAAGAUGGCGCGCCUGGGCGUGGCCAACCUCAUCAACAUGACCGAGCCGGCGGAGGGCCGCAGCGCCAUGCACCUGGCCGCCGUGGCCAACGACACCCACAUGGUGGAGUUCCUGCUGGCCCAGGGGGCGCACCCCAACAUCCAGGACAAGAGAGGGAGGACACCUGUCAUGCUGGCUGCUGAGCUGGGCCACGACAUCAUGAUCAGUCUGCUGGCCAAGAGCCACGCCAGCAUGACCCUGACCGAUGCUGAGGGCCAAGAUGUGCUGUUCUACUGCAUCUCCCCCACCAAGCGCCACAUGCACUGUGUGCAGACCAUCCUCAACAGCAAGGCCAACGUCAACAGCACGUCCGCCUCGGGGAAGCAUGUGUUCGUGCUGGCCUGUGAGCACGCCCAGGACUGCGAGGACAUGUGCAUGAGCAUCCUCGAGAAAGGGGCCAAUCAGAACGCGUACGAUGAGGCCACCGGUCGCUCCGCUCUGAUGGAGGCGGCCGGAGCAGGAGCCGUCGACCUGGUACGGGCCAUCCUGCGCCGGGGAGGGACCCCCGACAGCCUGGACAAGAAGAAUCAGAAUGCUGCCCAUUUCGCUGCUGAGGCGGGCAACUUACAGAUCCUCCAGCUCCUGUCUGCCUACUCUGCUGAUUUUAAUGUGGUUUCAGUGGAUGGAAACACACCUCUGCAUCUGGCAGCGGCAGGCGGCUUUGCUGAGUGCUGCCGAUUCAUCUCUCAGCGCGGCGCCAAUCCCAAACUGAAGAAUGAGAAGGGUCUGCUUGCCAAGCAGAUGGCCAAGGACAAGGCUUCAUCGAAGGAGCUGAAGAAGGCUGAGCGACUCUUCACAAAGAUCUCCAAGGCCGGUGCCGUGAACCCAAAUGAGCCGUGGGCCCUGACUCUGCACGACUGGUCCUUCGAGCAGGAGGCUGCCUUACGGAGAGCCUUCCAGGCUGCCGAGGAAGCAGAGAGCUACGUGGACACCGUCACCAAGGACAACUUCCUGUCCAUCUUGCGCGAGCAUUGCGCACCUGCCGAUGACGCACAGCUGCAACAGGUCGCAGGCGUGCAUGACACGAGGCGGGAAGGUCUGAUUGACCUGGAGGAGUUCUUCAAAGGUUUGAAGUACCUGCAGAAGCCGUUCGUGCUCUCCUCGUACGGCCCAAAGAAGAAGAAGGCGGGUAAAGGGGGGAAGGGGAAGAAGAAGGGCAAGUUUGUCCUCCCCUUGCCUAUCUGUGUUGUCCCAGAGGAACUGGUUGGCCGGCGCGACAGUGGCGGCCCGCCCGACUACAUGAUCGAGAGCUUCCAACAGUUCACCGACACCAAGCGCUUCGACCGCGACCACCCUCCCAGCCACCCCAUCGAGGACGACUCGGCGUGGUACAUCGACACGCCCAAGCAGAUCUACGUCAACAUCAACUACUGCGUGAAGGUGGGAGACCUGGAGUCUCUCAGCCUGGCCUUCGGCCAGAACUUGUCCGUGGACAUCCAGGACCGGUACUACAAGACGCCGCUCAUGGCCGCAUGCAGCAGCGGGAACUAUGGCGUGGCCAGAUACCUCAUCAGCCUCGGGGCCAACGUGAACGCCUGUGAUCAGUUCAACUGGACUCCCCUUCAUCACGCGUGUCACGCGGGUCAGGUGAACAUCAUCGACCUGCUUGUCCAAUCAGGCGCCGUGAUUGAGGCGUUGGCCCUGAACGGAUCCACGCCCCUGAUCAGAGCCAUAGAGAGCUGCAGACCCAGCUGUGUGGAUUACCUCAUCAAGGCCGGGGCCAAGGUCACCGCGGAGAACAAGAAAGAGCAAGCUUGUAUUGACAUCGCGCGGGCCUACGGGGACCCCCAAGUGGUGGACCUGAUCAAGGACAAGCUGGACACGCUGCCCAAACCCAAAGCAGCCAAAGACAAGAAGGGUGGCAAGCCCGCCGCCAAACCCAAAGCAGCCAAACCCAAAGCAGCCCCUGCCGCUAAAGAGAAGACGGUGGGGGACACGGCGAAGACUCCGGAGACCGCGGGGAAGAAGGAGUCUCUGAGCGACGGCAUCAUGCGCAGCAACGCGCGCAUCACCAGAGGAACCGUCAAAAUGCAGGACAUCAGCUUUACACCCAGAACUGUCUGGGGAAGGCAGCCUAACCACCGCGAGCUGAUUGAUCGGAAGGAGGAUCGCCGUGAGCAGCUCUCUUACGAAGUGGACUUCGAGGACUUCCUCAUGCCCUUCAACAAGAACAUCGCGGUCAAGGCGCGAGAGCUGGGCAUCGCCAACGACUGAGGAGAGACCAGAACCAAUGGGCGGAGGAGGAGAGACCAGAACGAAUGGGCUGCGGAGAGACCAGAACCAAUGGGCUGAGGAGGAGAGACCAGAACGAAUGGGCUGCCACAGGCCCUCUGAGAGACCGUCCGUCAUCCACACAUCAGCCUGGCCUCUCCUCAUUUAAACACACACAUCAGCCUGGCCUCUCCUCAUUUAAACACACACAUCAGCCUGGCCUCUCCUCAUUUAAACACACACAUCAGCCUGGCCUCUCCUCAUUUAAA